CACCUCCUCACUCUCCCCACGCAGUCACGAGCCUCUCCUCUCUCCCCGUCUCGAUUUAAGGAAACCCAAGCUUCGGGAGCCGCUGGGCUGACGCGAGGCCCCCGUGAGCCGCGCGGCUCGAGUUGCGCGCGGGAUUUGAAUAAUUCAGCGACGUAAGGCGAAGCGAAACGACUCCCCUCCCCACCACCACCACCACCACGCUCGCCUGCUCCCCCACCACCGCCUCCCCCUCACCGAGAUGUCCCUCGAAGAAGUAGACGACUCUCCGCUGUGUUUGUAGGUCGUGCCCGCCUGUUGAUCGGCACGAUGUCCGACGUUUCGCUGGGCGCGCCGGGAGCGCCAGCAGGAGCUGUGGCCAUCGGAAUCGGAAUGUUUGUUCUUCGGACCGGGAGGAAUCCGAUGAGCGAUGAAGCUCUUUUAUCCACCGAUGUCCACGGCUGGUGUAAAGCACGGCUGGUGUAAAACACCUCCGAGUGAAAGCGCCCUCUUGAUUUGGCACUGAAUUCAAAAUCGGAAGCGAAGGCGAUUUUUCCGCUCGGUUUUCCGGUGCUGCUGCUACCGGCCCCUCCCCCGGAACGUCGGACAUCGAGCCGGACCGCGCACAAAGGCUCAACCGGAAGUAAAAAACGCAGCGGACAGCUAUAGAGCACAGCUGCAAAAGCCUACCCAGGAGCAAGAAGAUACUGUCACUCGAUCUGUACGUGUGACAGCCGUUCGUCGAUCCACUGCUGGAUGAGGGCCUCCCCCACAUCGCCGUAUGGGGUCGUGGUGGAUGUUUGACCAUACUUCACCACCACUGGCCACAGCUUAGCUUACGGCAUCCAUCAGUGACUUGCUCAUAGGAAACUCAACUUAUUUGAAAUCGAAAUUUCUCUUAAGAGUUUAUUUGGAUAAGUUAAGCAUUGUUUUCCCCUUUUUGGCUGCCACUGGCGUGACACACGGUGUGAUGUAUGCCUUGUUUUACUGUAGCGUCCUCAUAAUUCCUGUCUGUGAUUGUGUAGCGACGACUUGACGCACUUCUCUUGAGAUGGCACUUUAUUGAAGACACGUUCACUUGACAUCAGGCGGAGACCCCCACGGCAUAAUAAGUACACUCGUGGUUGCAAUGAGUGUGGCUCUGGUUAUGAUGCUACUGCUGCUGUUACUGCCACAGCUGCUGCUGAUGACCGUGAUAUUUUUGGUUGGUAGUAGUCACGAGGAUUGUAGCUGCGGUUACGUUAUUUCCGUUGCUGCUGCCACUGCUGUCACUGCUACCACGGCAGCGAGUGUAGCGUGACCGGCCUGGGCCUCCAUCGCGUGCCCUCCCGGCUCUGUUCCCGCGCGACAUCUCCCCGGUCGCUGUGUCUGCGUGCGUGCGUGCGACGCGGCCCCUGGAUGAGCCUCCGCGUUCCUAUCCCGGUUUAAUUCCGUCCCGUUUGGCCGCGAACAGCGGCGGCCCCCUCGCCCUGCGCGCGUCUGUCACCCGCCCGCCGGACCGCCGGCUUGCCGCCCUCCAGCCAGCGACGGAUCAAAUUGAAGCAGCCGCGCUCCCUGUAUCCUGUUGCAGUGGCCCAUUGCGCAUCCAGGAGUUCGACUGCCCACCCACAUAGGCAGACGCGCACGUGUGCGCACCAGCCUGCUAAUUCUCCUCCCUUAUCUCAUCGCCUCUACCCCUCUUCUGUUUUGAACUCUCCCUGUCCUUCUCCUCUCACCUCUUUCCUGGACUCCCGUUUCACCUCUGUGCUGUCUCCCUGUGCUGUUCUCUCGACUCCUCGUCGCUACUCUUUCCUCUCCACCUCUUUCCUCUCCACCUGCCCCUCUGCUCUCCUCUCUCUCUCUCCAUGGGCAUCCCCUCCCAACUGGUGCCUCCUCUCAUCUUACCUCUUCCCCUCCGUUCCCCUUCCCUGCCUCCUCUCCACUCCAGUCUCCCCUCUUCUCACCUAUACCUGCCCCUCCCAUCUCACCCCUUCUCUCCUCUUCACACUGACCAUGCUCCCCCCUCUCUUGCCUUCCCAUAACCCUACCACCAAAGAUGGACUGCUGGGGCAAGUGCUGUUAGAGAGCGCCUAUCGAGGCUGAUAUGCUCACACACGUACAGCCCCCACAGGGCCAACAGGGGGAGGCUGCCACACCGGGCGACGUCGGGCCUCCGGCUGCGAUGGGGCUGGCCGCGGACUCCGUGGGCCCCUACAGCAUGCAGACGGAGCCCGUCGACCUCUCCAUCAAUAAGUCGAGCCGGAGCUCACCCGCGGCCUCCACCACCGCCCGGCUCAACCACACCAAGGCCGGCCACACGUUACCGCCGCGGCCGCUACCGCCGCCACCGCCAUCGUCGGCGUCGUCGGCGACGGCGGCGUUAUCGCUGCUGUCCUCGUCCUGUGCCUCCUCGUCGCCAUCGUCGGUGACGUGCCAGUCCCUGGCGCUGUCGGCGCUGCCUGGCACGGCCGCGGUGCUGGCCACGCCGACGGGAGCCGGCCUGGUGCGGGUGUUCCACGCGCGGCUCGCGGUUGGAGCCCACCCCCCCGUCGCGGUGGCGGUGGGGGGGGCGACGGCUCCACCGCCGCCGCCGCCACCGCCGCCUCCUCCCGUCGGGGGGGGUGCCGGCGGCGGCGGCGGGCCCGGCGCUCGGCGCGUGCCGCUCGUGGUGCAGCCGGUGCCCGUGGUGUACACCGCGGCCGUGCGCAGCCACCCCGGCGUGUCCAUCGCCGUGCCCGUCAUCGAGGAGCGCGCCGCACCACGGCAAGAAGAGGGUGCGGGAGCCGAGGCUGGGGUCCGCGCCAUAAAAAGCGAGAGUGGCAGUGAAGACGAGAUGACGUCCCUGGUGGCGGACGAGGCGCGCUCCUCUCUCUCGCAAGACGCCCAGGGCAUCAAGAGGUCGGGGAGCCCCGAGUCGCCCGACUCGAAGAGGAGGAGGAUUCACCGCUGCGAGUUCGACGGCUGCGACAAAGUCUACACCAAGAGCUCGCACCUCAAGGCUCACAUGCGCACGCACACAGGCGAGAAGCCCUACCGCUGCACGUGGGACGGCUGCACGUGGAAGUUCGCGCGCUCGGACGAGCUGACGCGGCACUUCCGCAAGCACACGGGCGUGAAGCCCUUCAAGUGCGUGGACUGCGAGCGCUCCUUCUCGCGCUCCGACCACCUCGCGCUGCACCGCAAACGCCACAUGCUGGUGUGAGGGCCCCGGGGGGGGGGGGGGGUGGUGAGGGGCCUCCCCCCCCCCCCCCUGUGUGUGGCGAGGCCCUGCGGGUGAGGCCCUGUGGGGGGUUUUGCGGGGCCUGCGUGAAGCCGGUGGAGCAAGGGUCAAGGUUGAGACCUGGCUUUGACGCACUCGGUUUUAUCCCAGAGUUCGAGGCCUAGGUUUGAGGCGUGGGAUUUCAGCCCCGAGGUUUGAGGCGUGGGUUUUGAGGCCCGGCGUGAGGCGUCGGAGGAGUCGGGGUGGAAAAGCAGCAGGAGGAGGAGGAGGUGCAGGCGGAGGGUUGGUGAAUGUUGGAUGGACGUUUGCACCGGCGGAGAUUGUGCGCGUGUGAUUUGUGUCACGCGCACUCACGUGCUUGCACAAGUCCUGCCGCUUUCAACGCACUCGCACCACGUGUACACGCGCUUGCACUUACAGGCGCCCACCUGCACGCACACCGGCUCGCACAUGCAGACGCAUUCACGCAAGUGCACACACAGUGAGUCACGCGUGUGCACGUGCGUGCACGACUUCAUGGUGACCAACACACCAAACGCCACAGGUACACUCACACACUCGAUGCUCUCGCCACGUCUCGCGCACACAAACUUGCACGAAGAACACACCACAUCAAACAGACAUUGGUACCAUUGGAGGGUGGAUACAUUUUGGUGGUACCAAUUUCUCCAUGUGGCCAAUAAAUGUGAAUUUACACACGAUAGCAUUUUCCUACUGUUUUCACAUGAACAUAUCAUCUGUGUUAUUAGGGGCGUAUCGAUGAAAUCGAUUGAUACGGACUAUUAUUGACUCUCAAACUCAAGGUACAGGCAUCAAAAUCUCGCCGGUUCGAAUUCAUAUAUUCCGUUCUCAAUCAAGUGACCCCCCCACCUCCGGCCACUAGAGCCUGCUACAUUCACCGCACGUGAAAGCAAAUGAUCAAAUCACACCCCAAACGGUGAUGGACUUUUCAAGAGAUUGUGUUUUGCCAACCACAAGUAUCAAGCCUGCCGAGAAGUGAGAUGUUACCUGGAGCCGUGUAUAAAUGAGUACAGAACGACGUACGACAUGCAGUGGCGUAGGUUUUAUUUAAGAUAAGAUGUGUCGUAACUAUGGGUGAAGUUGCUAUCGUGGCCUGCUGGACUGUUGACAGUUCGUGAGAGAGUUUUCUGUGCUUUGGUCCGUGGUUAUUUACGCCCGGGCUAACAGCAGCAGUGGCAAUAGCACAACAAUUUACAACAACAACAACCGUUCACCACUAAGUUGCGGUGACGUCACCGCCGCCUCCCCCCCCCCGUACCAGGCUAGGUGCACUUUGACGUCGUGUGAAAGUGUGGAAGGUUUUGCACGUUGCACGCGCGCACACAAUGGUAACAGCAGCCCUCGUUCACCGUUCAGUGGCGGUGACCCUCACCACUGGCUCUCGUGCCAGGCUAGGUGCACGUUAAAUGUGGUGGAAGGCUCGCCGGUGGGCAGUCAUCGAUGAGACCCCAGGUGUUAUGGGUAAACUUGGUGAGGUGACUGGCAUCACCACCUGUUGCGACCCCCAGUUGCACACACACUCACACUCACUCUAGCGACUGCUUAUUCAAUGAACAAUUAAAAUAAACUACCUAAACUUAUUUAUAUAAAAUUCUAUAUAUAUAGUGGCACAGAGAGUUAGCAAAGGCGAUUCCGAUCCUAGUAAUAACACACGGUGUGUAUUUGUUUUCCCUUUCUGAACGAUGCAGUGAAAAGCGACGUGGAUAUUGAUCAGGCUUGGGGACGUUGUGAAUUUUUGUUGUUGUAAAUCUAAAUGUGACACAACAACAACAACAAUCAAAAUCCAUCACUGCUUCGACGUCGGCGACGCCCCAAGGCCUUCGCUCGCCUGACCGGGUGAAUUAUUUAAAACAAAACAUAAAAUUCUCGGCUCGGAGUUCAAAUUUUUGGACGGGAGCCGAAAUAUUCGAUCCUGGGACCGGAAUCUCUUUUGUCGUCGUAAUUGUUUUCCUCUUCCCUGAAAAGCACUAACUGCGUUUUAUACCGAGUGCCAUGCUGCUGAACUGCGUCAGGCGGACGGAAUAUUUACGAUGGCGAUGACAACGACGACGACGACGAUGAUGAUCAGGGUCUAAUUUCUCGCGGGAUAUUUCGAGAGGAUUUACCGGACAUGGCAGUUGCGCCCGGAGGGGUGGGGGGGGGGCACGCACUUUGCCCUACUGGAGUAGGUGGCACGUGGCUUGUUCGUAGCCACGGGCAUGAGCGAGCGAGAGAAGGUAAACAUGAUGUGGUGUGCCGGGCGUGGAAAUAUUUUCCCGGAAUAGUUGACACCCGGACGGACCUGGCCUGAAAUUAAACCCUGAUGAUGAUGAUGACGAUGCGAUGGUGAUGAUGACGGUGAUGAUGAUGACGGUGAUUAUGAUGGUGAUGAUGAUGAUGGUGAUGCUGAUGGUGUUGACGAUGGCGAUGGUGAUGAUGAUGAUGGUGAUGAUGAUGACGAUGGCGAUGGUGAUGAUGAUGAUUGAUGAUGAUGGUGAUGACGGUGACGGUGAUGAUGAUAAUAAUGCCGCCGCUACUCCUACUGUAAAACUCCUCUUAUUCGCGAUUAUGUCGUUGGGGGGGAGGGCAAACAUCAAUGUUUCUUUUAUCCGUGGGGUGAUCUGCAAAUUUACUCCACUUGCCCGUGAAAACUGGAUAAUUGCGGAUAAUCGUAAGAAUAGGAGUACGGAUAAUAAUAACAAUAGUUGUCACGGAUCGUACGGAUCGCGGAUAAGAGGAGAUUCACAGGACUCCUACUACGACUACUACUACGCUACUGCUGUACAAACUCCCACCAGUAUUUCUGAUCGCCGCAAGAUGAACACGGCACGGAAUAUGCAAGCGACCCACCCCGCGGCGGCAUUGCUCUACGCCGAGAGGCGUCGAUGUGCACUGCACCGUCGCGUCGCGAGUGAAACUCACCGCUGUUAUUUUACGGGCGGAAUCGGAGCUGCAUUUGCGUACAAGGCGGGCGGACGCACGGGGAAGCGCUCCCAUAGACCUAUAUAGAUACGAAUAUAUAUUUUUGUCCUCGUGUGUUUCGCAAACGGGCAGACGGACUUUU